AUGCUACUAACCAACGUCUACCAUCUCCGCCGGGUGGCAGACACAUCCGAGAAGGCAUGUUUCAUCUGCUACAAGCCCACAACAAGCGUGAUGAUCACGCCCGAUAACAAGGACUUCUUCUACGUGUGCCCCGCACACCUACAAGACCGCCACUUCUGCUCUCCUAUAGUCAACGCAGAAGCCGAAGCUGCCCGCCGCAAAGAGGAGGAAAUGGCUCACGAGAUUGAGAAGGUUAAGAAAGAGUAUGAGGAAAAGCAGCGGCGGAAGAAGGAGCGUGAAAAGAAGUCUGGGAAGGAAGAUGAUAAAAAAGAGAAAGAUGCCAAGGAUAAAGAGAAAGGGAAAGAGGAGUCGGAGUCGAAUGCUAAUGAUGAAAAGGAGAGAGAUGAUAAGAUUGAUUCAAUCCGGAAGGCUGGGACGGGGUCUAAGCCAGAUGAUUCACCGCGAGUCUUUGCUUUACACAGAAACUUCUAUCAAAUGCGCGUUGAUCGGCUCCGCAAUAUUGAAAUGGCCAAGCGGAACCAGGAGAGGAUGAAGAAUCCUUCUCUUUUUCCUUCCGUUCCCACUGGCGACAUCUGA